AGAGUUUAUUAUAGCGGGGAUUGAAUUUCAAACGUCGCCGGCAGCGAACACAGAAGCAGCUUUUUUAGAGCGGAUAGCAGUCAACGUACAAGAUAUGUCAUUAGGAAGAAAAUGGAAACGAAUUCGUUCAUACUGGAUUUUAAUUUCUCUCACAAUGGUCGCAAAAUGCCAGGGACUCGAGCAUGAUAACAGCGGAGGAAUGGACUCGAACGACAACAUUUGUGGAGGAGUAAUUGUCAACAGGCGGAAAGGUGUGAUAGAGUCGCCCAACUAUCCGAUCCGAUAUCCGGAAAGAGCCCGCUGUGAUUGGCUGAUUCGGGCACCGAAUGUUAAUGACGUCAUCGAACUACGUUUCAUAGAUAUUCAAAUCGAAACUUCAACUUUGUGUUUGUUCGAUUACAUUGAGAUAUCACACAUCUUGGGCACGUCACCAAAACGAUUCUGUUCGCCAGCGAGUGAAAUAGUUCGAUCCCGAGGCAACUUCGUCCACGUUCGCUUCGUCAGCGACAGCACGGACUCCAGGGCAGGAUUCCGUAUCGCUUUUCGUGUAUUGAAAGCCACAAGCACCUCUUAUCAAACUACUGUUUCGAUUCCCACAACGCCACAGUCCUACCAUAAGGAUACAAGCACAGCUUUGCAAAUUACUUCAGACGUACCUACAACUCAGAGUACAAAAGCGGUUACUUCACCGAGAGCGACUACGAGUUUACCACGUGAUAGUACAACCAUAGAAAUAGUAUACUCUACAACUGUGCCUCAGAGGAUCAGCGAUAUCACUACCAACCAAAAUAGAUUUGAAAUCCAAGAAAAUAACGGCGUCGGUGAUUAUUUAUCUUCAGAUGCUUCACCCAGUGUUGACAGCGGGGAAAGCUUGAAAUCGUGGCAAAUUGUCCUGAUCACCGUUACAGCGACCAGUUGCGUGGCGUUUGUUUCUUUUGUUGCAUUUAUCUACGUGGGCUUAAGAAAGUCGACGUCAUAUCAUAGAGGUUGUCUUCCCCAUGCGAACGACUUCAGCUGAGGAUAAAUUAUGGGAGAGAGAGUUUUUUCCACAGCGGUGGAUACAAAUAGUGUCCAAGCACCACCGAGGGAUGGUUUACAAGCACUUUCACCAAUAUCAUACACUCUGAUCUACAGUUGCGUUGCGGUUGUCCUCUUCCUAUUCGUUCUGUUUACUUUGUGGGUUAUCGCCCAGUGCUGCGACAGAAAUCGACCAUUUGUGACUCGGAAAAGACUCGUAAACUCACAUCACUUCCUACGAAGGAAUCAAAGUAUGUGCGAGCCUUUAUAUGGGAGCACUACUUGCAUAUCGACGUACGUGGAAGAUGGGAUUGGUUCAGUCGUCAAUGCCUCGAACUCUGGUAAAGCAACUGUACCGGUGAGGUACAUCAGCAACAGCGCGCCGAAUUCGCCAGGUAGAAUAACCCGCAGAGCAACUGAAAAGAGAUGCUGCAAACGAUGUGGAAGCGUGGUAACUAAAGAUCGACUCAACAAACGAGAAAUCGGCCGACAGAAAAGCGAGAUAAAGCGACAGCGGCAGAAAGUCGCUCGAUGUAAAAGCGAAAUCAACCGAAGCCCCACUGCCAAGGACGCUUAUCUUAAUCGCAGUCGCAGCAUGUAUGAAAGUUGUGAUCAACGUCCACAAUCCUUUGCUGGCGACACCAGCUACCUCAAGGAGUUUAUGCUGCCUGUAGGGGAACUUGGCAGUCAGGAUUUCAGCAGUCGUCCAACCAGUUACCCGCGUACACAUAUGAUACCGCGUGCGAAAUGGGACGCAAGCUGUGUACUGGCUUUUAUUCAGGAAACAAAACAGCAAGCUGGCCAUACGGUUUGUAACGAAACCAGACAAAUCAGACAAUACGACAGCGGAGUUGCGACCCCAAGCGUUUCUUUCAAUGGAAGCUUUAGAUCCGAGCACGGCGAGCAGGAAAACCGUGGGUUCUCGUCACAUCCAGAUACCAGCAAUGGUUCACUUUUCCCACCCCCACCCACCACAAUUUUUCAAAAUAGUUUUUAAAACUCGAAUCCAAAUAUACUAAGCGAUGGUGCUCAUAUACACACAACGGUUCACGAUGCGUACUAUGUCACUUGCUUUUCGUAACGUGCGGUUAGUUUACGUUUUAUAAUGAAACUUAGACUACGUGACCACAA